AUGAAAAGAUUUCAACGCGAAAUUGAUACGACAUCUGGGUUAAAACAUAAGAAUAUCGUAAAUCUUCACGAUUUCUUUUGGGAAGACAACAAUUUUUACCUUAUUUUGGAUUAUUGCCAGAAUGGCGAACUAAUGGAUUACAUCAUUAAAAACAAGAAGAUAGCAGAACCCACAGCGGCCCUAAUAUUCGAACAAAUGGUUUCAGCCAUUGCCUAUUGCCAUUCUUUUGGUGUGGCACAUAGAGAUCUAAAGCCCGAAAACGUUCUUUUCGAGAAGUUCCCAUUAGUUAAAGUGAGCGAUUUUGGCCUUUGCGGGUAUAUGGAAGAAUCAAAAUUAAUGCAAACUUUUUGUGGCUCACCAUGCUACUCAGCACCUGAGUGCUUAAGACAGUAUGCAUACGAUGGUCAAAAAAGCGAUAUUUGGUCAUUGGGCGUGAACUUAUAUUUAAUGGUUACCGGAAUGCACCCAUGGAAUGUAACAAAUAUCAAUGUCAUGCUCAGAGAGAUUCUUGAUUGCACUUACACAAUUCCAAAAGAUGUUUCUGCAGAGUGCCGAGACUUAAUUUCAAAAAUUUUAGUUUUAGAACCAGAAAAGAGAUUAACGAUUGAUCAAAUUAUUAAACAUCCAUGGCUUAAGUGCGCAGAGAAGGCUAAUGUCUUGCAAAAGCAAGGAAUAAAGCACGAAGCGCCAAAAUUACCUAAACUACAACAGAUUAAGUUUGCCGAGAUGGCAAAGUCAUCAAAACCAGAAGGAGAGUCCGAAUGUGGAAUUUCGGCUCCAAUUUUCCUAUUUCCUCAAGCUGGAUCUGUUAUGCCUUCACCUUUAGUUAGAUCUCCCUCAAAUGUAAACAUGAAGGAAAAGGUAUCCUUCCAAAGAAUUUCAAUUCCAAAUCCGAACAAAUUUGCUGGCAUAAGACAAAGAUCGGUGGGAGCUAUUGUCAGGCCAAAGUUGCUCCCAGAAUAG